GUUCUUUGCUAGUUUUAGUCCAUUAACAAUAUUAUUGGAAUGUAUCUUUAAUCUUGAGCAGGAAAUGUUGAACGAAGUUUCGGGUCAGAAGGAUUUUGAUGUUUCAAACUGUAUUAUUGGAAUUUAUAAUAUAAUAUCGUCAGUGAUGCCGGCUGCUGAGAGAAAUUGAGGGUUUUGGUUGAUCUUAUUAAUGCUAUUCCAAUAGCUAGAAUAAUUGCGAAAACAAAUUUGUUGAAGCAGAGGAACACCUGUUCAUUUGCAUCCAGUCAGUUAUGAAGACCGGUAAUGUUACUCUUCUUUGAAGCGCCAGGACAUCGUUUGCAUGAAACUGCAGCAAGGUAAGAUGCGAUACUUUUCACUCUGACAAACCAAUUUCAUGUGACCGUUACUAUGAUUUUUCAGAAUUAAUUAAAAUGAUUUGAUAUUAUUCGACAUUGUUAAUCUGUUAUAGUGGCAUUUCCAAAGUACAUACAUUUAUCGAUUAAUCUGGGGUGUAUUCAUUACGCCGAUUCGGUUGCAGAACGUUUCUUAAACGGAAGAUAAGGGAACGAAACGGAGGGACCUACCUACAUUUGACCAAUAGAAAAAUUGGGGGUCUAAUGAUUACACCCCAGGUUGCCUUACCUUUGACGCAAGGCAUGUUGAAUGGACUGCUGGGCAAUUCCAUGGUAAAAGAGUGAUCCUGAGACUCAGAUUUUUCACUUUUUAAAAUGUAUGUCAAACAAAAACCAAUGAUUGCAAAGUUUAACAAACCAUAUAACUCUAUGCAGAAGGACUACUUUUAUCAAUUUCCACAAAACAGCACAAACCGUAAUUCUGUUACCAAACUUUGCAUCUGCACUGUUCUACAAGUAAAUUAUUUUGUAAAAUUCUAUGGACAUUGUUAAAAGUAGUCAUUGUGCUUAGUUGUAUGGUUUGAUUAACUUUGCAAUCAUUUGGUUUUUGUUUGACAUUUUUAAGUACAACAAAUCUGAGUUUCAGCAUCACUCUGUUACCUUGCAAUUGCCCAGCUGACUCCCAUAAUUCAUCCUAGGCGCCAUCUAAAAAAAAAGCUGCUCCACUGAAAGGAAAACCAUAUGUCCUCAAUUCCCUCCAAAUUCCCCAGUCUGCACUGACCUGACUGUCUGCCACUAGGACAGUAAAUUACCCUACUUCAGAUAAAGAAUCACAUAACAUUUUACACAUUACUCUAUUUACUCAUGGACAUCCUUGAUCCUAUUAAAAAGCACUGUGCAGAAAAAUGCAGUCUGACCACAUUUUGAACAUAGCGUUAUGAUGGGAGGUACUGCAUGUGUUCCACUGUAUCCUUUAUCUACCUGCUUGUAAACAUGCCAAGAGAACUGGACAUAUUUACAGUGGAAGUUUACUUCACCUUUAGCCUGGGGUGGGAUGAGUGUGUGAUAACACUUAAUAUGUGUGUAUUUCUGAUCUGUCCCUAGCACAGCCAGCCAGAAGUCUAGGUCAGUUGAUCUCUGAUUUAUGUGACACACACACACCAAAGCAUGCCAUUGUUUUUAGGAGGAUAAAUAUUUUGGGUGGUGUCGGGGCGGUGGAGGGGUAGAAAGCAAAGCUGUUUCCUGAGAAGUGGGCUCACCAAACAAUGGCCAUCGUCUCGGAACAGUCGGCGGUUCUCGGUCAAAGCAACAUCUGAGGGGGGCAGUAGGAUGUUGAGAGAAUGUCUGAGAAAAGAGAGAGGGGGACAAAUGAAAGUACAACACAAUGGCUUGAGACGUAGCGCUCACACAGGAGAGUGGUGUUUUUGGGACGUUCUUAAAAGACAGCGGGAGAGUGAUGUCCAGCUGGUGGUGUUGCUUAACCUUAACCUAGACAGUCAUUUGUUUAGGUCACCUUUUCCCAUGUAGUUUCAGCACUCUAAGUCAGAGACAAUUCGAUUCAAUACCAUAUAUUCAACCCACUUCACUUCUUACCGCACAUGAACUUGCAAUACAUUUCAAGUCACUUUUUAGAUUUGUAAUGUAAAAGACUACAGUGUCAAAUACUUUGUUGUUCACCGCAUGGUUGUCAUGUCUUCUACUAAGCCUACAAAUCAUACGCUAGAGGCAAGGGUUAAGCCUAUGAUAAUGAUAACUUGGUAAUGACAGGUGUUAAGAUGGACAAUGACACCUCACUGGACUGGAACUUGUUUAGCUGUUUUAACAGCUGUGGUUGCAGAGUCUGUUAAUAUGGGUAUGAGAGUGAGUGGGAAGGUAUUCUCCUUCAAGACGAGGCACAGUAACUGUUAAAUAUUUGAUGGCUCUGUACUGAAUCUAGUGACUGGCAGUAAAUGAAUAUUGCCUCAGACUGCGUCAUUGCUGCACCUAAUCCUGGGCUGCCCCCCCCCCCCCAGUACAUUGUGUCCUAACUGUCCUGUUUCACUACUGACACAUGUCCAAGUUCCGGUCUCCACUCUGCAUAAUAAUGUUCUAAAAGGGAUAGUUCACCUGAAACAAAUGUUUUAAGUAAAAUGUCUGGAAGAUAUGAGCUGUGUCCAUAUUCCACAUUAGAACUUAUCUUAUGGUGUUAACAUUGGCAAUUCAUGUCUGAUUUAUGUGGUAAUGUAUUUAACUAUGCCACACUUUAACCCCUUAUGUUCCUCUUUCUCUGUAUUGCAGAUCAAGACGUUGAAUCCAACUGUACCCGAUUCAAAGAGAAACUGGGAAACAAGCCUGGGAAAAGGACUGAGGACCACGACACCUGUGCCCCGUCGACCCCCAAGCCUAACCCCAACCCCCCCAAAACGUAUAUCCACCAUGUCUCUCAACACCUUCCACCUGAUGGAGACCCUCAAGAACUCCCCGUCCGUUUUACGCCGCCGCUUCCGCCGUGACCGCACCGAGUCCCUCUCCCACGGCGACCCGCUCUUCAAGGUCCACUACCUGGGCACUGAGAAAAUCUUCUCCCUGGAUCUACAGCAGGCCCAGGACGCCAUAGCCCGGCUGCUCGAUGGAGCCGCCAAGGGAAAGAAGCUGAGCAAAGACCACGCGUUGGUUGUUCGUCCACGCUAUGUCGAAGUCAAAGAGCUCAGUACAGGACGCCAGCUCACUAAGACGUACCUCCAGGACAUCGCCUACUGCGCGGCCGACGCCACCAGACCCAACGUGUUUCUGUACAUCUGUAAGCAUCACGGGCAACAGCUGCAGUGCCGGGUGUUUUGGUGUAGCCGGGCGGAGCGGGCACGGGACAUGACGGCCUGCCUGGCACACUCCUUCCAGAGGGCACUGAGCGACUGGCAGGGGGACAGUGACGUUGGGUUAGCGGGAAGCACCGGCACUCUGACCCCAGAAAAGGUCAGGGUGAAGGAGGGAGAGGUUAUGUCCAGCAACACAACUACCCCCAAAAGCUCUAUACUACCAGACAGCUGUGAAAGAGGUGAGAACACAGGCCUGACACGCUGAAGUAGUCCUUUGAAAUCAAUAGAAACCACAUUUUUGGGGGGGUCAAGGGCGUUGCCUAGCAAUGGGAAACUGUCAAAGGGAUGAAUUGAUAGUCUCCCAUUAACACAUGAAUUUGUCUGUACCUGUAUUUCCACAUUGCACCUGUCUGCUCUUGAGAGUUGUAUGUGAUAAAACCAAGCCCAGCCAACCUGUAACUCCCUCCCUCUCUCUUCUCUGUCUGUUUGCAGUCCGUUGGAAGAAGAGGAGCUCCCUAUCUCGCAGUCCACUGAGAGCCAUGACCAGGAAGGGAUCCACCUCCGACAUCUGGCACUGAGACCCCGAUUCCCAGCAUGGCACACUAAACUGACCACACCCCCAGGGGCUAGUUACAGCACGGACGGAGGGGGAGGGAGGGAUUGAAAGAACCCACCAAUAUUGGACACAACAGGAUUGGAAAAAAGGAGUGUGAGGGAGGGGGAUCACUGCUGGACUUUCUUUCAUAUGAGACAUUGCCUUACACGGUGAGUCUACAGUACUGUUCAUGACUGGAAUGAACGGUAGCCUACAAACUGCGGAAGUUAAUGACUAGCUACCUUGACCUUUGCCACUGGAUUACUAGGGAACAAGGUGUUUGGUUGAUAGCGUUGUACUGUACGCUGUUGGCAGCAACCAGUAUUCACCUCAGUGGCCUUGUGACUCGCUUUCACUGUUGGAAAGCUUCAAGGCUGAACUGCUAAUUUCCAAUGCUACUCCAAGUUACUUGUUUUCCACCGAGUGGCCUUGAUACUCUGAACUGUCAGUUAUGCUUAGAAGAAAGGAGCACAAGUUAUUGUGUACCUUUUUAGCUGGACAAGGAUAUGCCUAAAGAUUUCACCAAACCGCAAUCUCCUCUCCAUACAAUGCCGAACACAGCCUGGACUGGUUGAAACUGGUCAUAGACAGUCAUAGCAAUGACUGGUUUUUAACGUUUGUAUUUAUUUAUUUUAAUGAGACGUUUGUAACACAGUUCUUCCACAUCUUCUAUUCUUGAACCUGAAACGUGAGCGCAGUGUUAGUCUUGGGAGAGGGGUUACAAACAGAGAUAGUGUGUGUGUGUGAGGAUUCAUGGGGCAAAAAGGGUUAAUUUGAGCAGACCAUAGAAGAACAUGGGCUAUUGUUGUCAUAGCUACACAGUAAUCUGCGUUCAUAGGCAAGGUUUUAAUACAUUUUAGUAUCAAUUCAUUCGGUUCAGACUUCACCACAUACGUCAUUUAGUCCAGUGGUUCCCUACCUUUUUCGG